CGAGAGGUGAGCCUGGCACUCGCAAGCCAACCAAUGAGCAAGCAUGAGUGGGAAUGAGAGGAGCGGAACCCGAGAAAACAAACUGGGGAUUCAAAGAUGAAUGGGGCAGAGAGUACCCGUUGCCAACUCCCACCCACCUCUCUCUUCUUUCCUUCCUGUCAUACUCGGAAGGUUGUGUGGUAUUACAAGUGGAAGGAAGGAGUCAUCUUUUCCUCGCUUCUUCCUUCGUCAAAACGCUGAUGUGAAAGCGAGAGAUAGGGCGGAGAGGAGGAGGAAGAGGAAGGGGUCCAUUUGCCUUCUCUCUUCCCUUCGUCUCCACAACCUGUUCAUCUCUGCUGUCCUUGUUGGAAGACGAGCAGCAAGUGUUGGUGUGUGGUGGCUCUGAGAGAGAGCGACGAGAAAUGGCGAGGCUGUCGAUCGGAAUCCUCGGCCUGACGGAGCUCCUCGUCAGCGCGGCGGUGCACCUGCUCUUCGGCUUCUACAUAUUCAGCACCGCGGUGGCGUCGGAUCUUUCUCAGGCUUUGACGGACUGCUUCCGCCCCAACGUCCUCAACCUGGCCACCGGAGACCCGGACGAAGGGAGCAAGCUCCAGGCAGCGGCUCUCGAUGGGUCUCCGACGCCGCUGCCGCAGCCGCCGAUCGUUCUGGUGCACGGCAUCUUCGGCUUCGGCAAAGGGAAGCUCGGAGGGUUGUCGUACUUCGCAGGGGCAGAGAAGAAGGACGACCACGUUCUGGUGCCGGAUUUAGGAUCCCUAACCAGCAUCCACGACAGGGCAAGGGAACUGUUCUACUAUCUGAAGGGAGGGCAAGUGGACUACGGAGAAGAACACAGCAGGAACUUUGGUCACGCACAGCUCGGGAAGAUCUACGAACGAGGGCAUCACCCUUCAUGGGAUGAGCACCACCCCGUCCAUUUCGUCGGGCACUCCGCAGGCGUGCAGGUUGCCAGGGUGCUGCAGCAGAUGCUUGCCGAGAAGGCAUUCAGCGGCUACGACACUUCCGAGGACUGGGUGCUGAGCAUCACCUCCCUCUCCGGCGCAAUCAACGGAACCAUCCGAACAUAUUACGACGGCAUGCGACCAGGAAAUGGAAGGACGAUGAAGUCGAUAUGUCUGCUUCAGCUCUGUCGCAUUGGGGUCACACUCUUCGACUGGUUUGACAUUGCAUGGCUCAAGAACUACUACAACUUCGGGUUCGAUCAUUUCGAGAUGGGAUGGAGGAAGACCGGCGUCUCAGGUCUGGCUGAGCUGCUCUUAGGCAACACCGGGCCGUUCGCCACCGGCGACUGGAUCCUACCGGACCUCACCAUUGAAGGCUCCAUCAAGCUCAACUCGGGACUCCGCACCUUCCCCAACACCUUCUACUUCAGCUACGCAACCAAGAGGACGAGGAAGAUAUUUGGGCUCACGGUUCCCUCCACCAUUUUGGGCGUCCAUCCAUUGCUCUUCCUUCGGGUGUUGCAGAUGUGCCGGUGGCGUUUCCCUCGCAAUGCAUCAUUGCCUUACAAAGGCUACAGAGACGAAGAUUGGGAAGACAAUGAUGGAGCUCUCAACACAAUAUCCAUGACUCAUCCUCGCCUUCCUGUAGAGCACCCGAGCCUUCUUGUUGUGGAUGACUCGACAUGCCUUCCUUUGCAGCCAGGAAUCUGGUACUAUAAGAUCAUUGAAGCCGAUCACAUCUUUUUCAUCUUGCAUCGGGAGAGAGCAGGAGCACAAUUUGAUCUCAUGUAUGAUGGCAUAUUUCAGCGGUGCAGAAAGCACAUGUUUAGAAGCAGGACACCAGCAUUGCGCAGUGAAAGCAGCCAAUUACUCCCCCAAAACUUCCAGACUACUCAAGUAGGUGGUUAGAGAACAAAUAAAAAUAGUAUAUAUAAAUUAUAUACAUUCAUAUAUAAUGUAUUCUUUCUAAGAUUGAGCUCCAGUAUAAAUUAGACUAUUUUCCAGUCCCAUAUAAAGCCAGGCCUCAUUAGUGAUCCAGAAUUCUUCGAGUCUUUUUUUUUUUUUUUGUACAAAUACCUUUCUUGAAUCAAAAGAUUUCAGAAAGUAUUUUGAUAAUGUACAAGACAAUUUACUUGGAUUUUGUUUAAUGAUUUUUCUUUCAGUA